CCUUCUCCAAGCCUUACCACUCCACGGUUUCAAUCAAAAAAAAGAAAAGAAAAAGCUUAGCUUAGCUUUGCUCGCCAGACAAACCGGAGCAGAGGCAGAGCUGCAGCAGCAGAUGGCGUCGACGAUCAUGGCCGCCACCUCCCGCGUCGUCGCGGCCAAGACGCCGUUCCUCGGCCAGGGCCGCGCCGCCGCCAAUGCCAGCCCCCUCCGGGACGUCGCCGCCGCCGCCAGCGGCCGGAUCACCAUGGGCAACGACCUGUGGUACGGCCCGGACCGCGUCAAGUACCUGGGCCCCUUCUCCGCGCAGACGCCGUCGUACCUCACCGGCGAGUUCCCCGGCGACUACGGGUGGGACACCGCCGGGCUGUCGGCGGACCCGGAGGCGUUCGCGCGGAACAGGGCGCUGGAGGUGAUCCACGGGCGGUGGGCGAUGCUGGGGGCGCUGGGCUGUAUCACCCCUGAGGUGCUCGAGAAGUGGGUGCGCGUGGACUUCAAGGAGCCCGUCUGGUUCAAGGCCGGCGCGCAGAUCUUCUCCGAGGGCGGCCUGGACUACCUCGGGAACCCCAACCUGGUGCACGCGCAGAGCAUCCUCGCCGUGCUCGGCUUCCAGGUCAUCCUCAUGGGCCUCGUCGAGGGCUUCCGCAUCAACGGCCUCGACGGCGUCGGCGAGGGCAACAACCUCUACCCCGGCGGCCAGUACUUCGACCCCUUGGGCCUCGCCGACGACCCCGUCACCUUCGCCGAGCUCAAGGUCAAGGAGAUCAAGAACGGCCGCCUCGCCAUGUUCUCCAUGUUCGGAUUCUUCGUCCAGGCCAUCGUCACCGGCAAGGGGCCACUCGAGAACCUGCUCGACCACCUCGAUGACCCCGUCGCCAACAACGCCUGGGUCUACGCCACCAAGUUCGCGCCAGGGUCUUAAGCUAGCCGGACACGGCGGCGGCGUGCCGGGACAUUGUACACUACUCGUUUGUCUUGUGACAUUACAUUUGUACCAUGAACGAAUGCAAAUAUUCUUGUGCUCUCUCAUCAGAACUCAGGAACGUCGUACUGGCCACUAGUUUUGAUCUUCCAUUCCAUCCAAUCCAUGUAUGCUCCGUUUUAGUUGUUAACUGAUUUGUGUCCAUA